AUGGGGCAAGGGCCGUCUUCGCCGCUGAGCCUCAUGACUGACCACUUUUCUGAUUUCAGGACCGAGGCUCGCAGCCUUAGCCUGGAGGUCCGCAAGAGCAGACUCAUAGCCCUUUGCUCCGCAGAGUGGCCCGCCCUCGGGGUGGGGUGGCCCCCGGAGGGAUCCCUCGCCCUCCCUGCGGUUCGGGCGGUUCGGGACAGAGUCACGGACCCGGGGCCCGGGGGCCACCCCGACCAGGCCCCCUACAUACGCGCCUGGCAGCACCUUGUUGAGAACCCCCCUCGCUGGCUGACACCUUUUCUCCCGCCCGCUCCCACGGCAGCCUGUGCCCCCCGCUUCCAGGAGCCGCCGCCUGCGCCGCCCGCCCCGCCCGCCCUGCCUGCCCCCCCCGAGCCGCCACCCCCGGCAGUCCAAGCCAUCGCCAAAUACGACUUCAGAGCUACUAGAGACGACGAGCUGAGCUUCAAGAGGGGGGACAUCCUCAAGGUUUUGAAUAAAAAUUGUGAUUGGAACUGGUACAAGGCAGAGCUCAAUGGGAAAGACGGCUUCAUUCCCAAGAACUACGUAGAAAUGAAGCCACAUCCGUGGUUCUUCGGCAAAAUCCCCAGAGCCAAGGCAGAAGAACUGCUCGGCAAACAGCGGCAGGAUGGGGCCUUCCUUGUCCGGGAGAGCGAGAGCGCCCCCGGGCAGCUGGCCCUCUCGGUCAGGUGCGGGAACGCCGUGCAGCACUUCAGGGUGCGCCGAGCCGCAGCCGGGGAGUAUUUCCUCUGGGCCGAGAGGUUCAGUUCUUUGAAGGAGCUGGUAGAUUAUCACAGAUCCACAUCCGUCUCCAGAAGCCAGCAGAUAUUCCUCCGGGACAUAGAGCAGGUGCCACAGCAGCCAGCGCACGUCCAGGCCCUCCUUGACUUUGACCCUCAGGAGGAUGGAGAGCUGGGAUUCCGUCGGGGAGACGUUAUCCGUGUCCUGGAUAACUCGGACCCCAACUGGUGGAAAGGGGCUUGCCGCGGGCAGACCGGCAUGUUUCCCCGCAAUUACGUCACCCCCGUGCAGACCCAUAGUGGGACAAGAAUGCCCACCCAGGCACAAAAAGGGAAGGGGGGAAUGUAGGACCCCUGCCUCCAUUUUGUGUCCCCCAUUUUGAGUUUCUAUGUGCCUCCAUUUUGAGUUUCCCGCUCAAGCCACGCCCAUUCCCACAGAAACCUUGCCCAGCAACCCUCCU